UAUACAAUCAAAGUAAUCACUUUUUUUUUUAAAAAAAAAGAUAUAUAAUACCAAAUAUUAUUACUAUCGUCCAUAUUAAGAACAAACAUUCAUAUUGAAUUAUAUUGGUUAAGUAAAGGCACUUAAUAAAUAAUCAAUUAAUUCACCAAUCAAAUGUAUAAAUUGAUUAAUGAACUCUAUUUGAUUGGUCAUGUGAACUAAACCCAUUUCUGGUUGGUUUUUUCUUCAUUUUUUUUCUUUCUUUAUUUUACUUAUCUCAUUAUAUUUCAUUUUGUCAAAUACAUAUAAAAUAGUGGAUUCAUAUUCAAAUAGCACCAUCGACAACAAUUACAAUCAUAACAACGGCAAUUAUUAUUAUUAUUAUCAUUAUUAUUAUUGAAUGUAUUAUAGAAUAUGCAUAAAUUAUAUCCAUGGUUUAUAUUAAUAAGUGCUGCAUUAUCUGUCAUAUUUUUAGGUGGUAAACGUAGAGCAUUUGGUAUAUUUAUAGCAAAAUUACAUUCAGAAUAUAAUAGCACAACAUUAGUUGAAUUAAAUUGGAUUGGUGAUUCUUAUUCAGCAUUAGGUUAUUUAACCACAUCUAUAACAACAUCAUUGAUUUUAUAUACAAAUAAAAAAUAUGGUAUAACACAAUUUUUUGGUGCAUUAUUUAUAUUAUUAGCAUGUAUAACUAGUUCAUUUGUAUUGAAUCCACAUUGGUUAUUUUUAACACAUACAAUAUUACAUGGUAUUGGUUCAUCAUUUAUAUUAAGUACAUGUAGUUUAAUAGUAAAUGAUUAUUUUUAUAAAAAUCAUCCAUAUCAUAUUUUAGCAACAACAUUAGUAUCUGGGGGUUCAGUUGCAUCUAUAUUAUUUAUUGAAUUUUAUGCUUAUUUAAUUGAUUUAUAUAAUUGGAGAUUAACAUUUAUUAUACUUGGUAUUAUUUAUUUUAUUAUAUUAUUUAUUACUUCUAUAAUAUUUUCUAAAAAGAAUACUCUUACAUCUCAAUUAUAUAAAACUAACCAAAUCAUUACAAGUAUUGUUACAUAUGGUAUGUUAUUAAAUUUAACUGAUUAUGUUUAUCAACAUGAAACAUUAUUACAAAAUAGUAUCUUAUUAACUAAUUUAUUUGCAUCCGGUGAAGCAACUACUUAUAUUAUUGGUGCUUUAUUAACUGGUUAUACUAAAAAUUUAUUAAAAAAUCAAUUAAAAUAUAUUUUAAUUAUAACAAGUAUAUGUAUGUCAAUUGGAUUAAUAUUAUGGGAAUAUUUUGCAUGGAAUUCUAUUAUCAGUAUUAUAUUAUCAUAUAUGAAUGGAUUUUUUUUAGGACCAUCUAUAACAUUUUUAUAUCCAGUUAGUGAAGAAAUGACAUUAUUACCUGGUUAUAUAUCUUAUUCAUUAUCAUUAGGUGGUAUGGGUAUUGGUAUGUUAUUAUCCCCAUUAUUAUCAGCAUUUAUUGCUGAAACAUUUCAAUAUCAUUGGUUUUUUUUAAUACAAGGUAUUAUUGUAAUGAUUAAAUCGAUAUGUUUAAUAUGUUCAUGGAGAUUAAUUAAAUAUUUAAUACAAUUUAAUAAACAUUUAUUAUAUAAUAAACAAAAACAACAACAUGAUCCUGAUGAUGAUGAUGAUGAGGAUGAUGAAGGAGAACAAAAACAACAACAACGACGACGAAAACGACAACAUCAAGAAGAUCAAUCUUUAACAUUCAAUAGUGAAACACAAUGUUUAAUCAGUCCAAUGAUAAAAAAACAAUCGAAUUCAAAAAUGAUUUAAUUUCUUUCUAUUUUUUUUUCUUCUCAUUC